AUUUUUCGGUCUCGAACUCGCACUUCUGCCUGGGUGAGGGGGGGGACGAGCAGAAAUAAGGGAAAGUAUUAAAUUAAAGAAUCGUAUCGCCAGGAUCCCUCGUGAGCGGUGAGGAAUGCACGCGUGAGCUCCAGCAGAACGUCCGAGCACUUGAGAUGCACGCGCAGGAGACGAGCCGCUGCUGUGAAAUCAUUUUUUGUGUGAAGACGUGUUGCGGGCCGCCAUUUUUUUGCUGUGCUGCCUCAAAAGUCUGCUCCGACUCGAGAAAGGGGAUUCAAAAACGCAUUUCCAUGACGUGUGCCUUACCGUAAGAUCACGAAGAUACAAAGUAAUCAUUUAAUUUCCGACCCGCGGCUACUGGCGGCCUUUUUUAUGCCGACAUGAGGAUUUAUCAGAUUAAAAACUGAGGCCACCUUUUCCGUUCUCGAAACUGACACUGACUGGAGGAGAUAAAUUAUUUGAAGAGAAGCCCUGGUGUGUUCUCGGAAGGCGGAACGAAAAAGGGAAGCUUCAUUGAUCAUUUGUUGCUUCGCUCCCCGUCGAUGUUUGUCUGUCGUAAGUUUUUUUUCUAUUCAAUCACUCGGCCAUUGACUGCUGAACACAGGAACCACAUUAUGUUCCAAAGUUGCAUCAAGCCAGUCGCAGCCUGUCUCUGAAAACGUCAGGUUGUUUUUGUUGUGUUGUUUUUUAAUCAGAGGACUGUGGAGUCUGCAGCGUUUGUGCAGAAAUCAGUCAGAAAAACCUCACAGGGGCGACGAAUGCCCUGCCCUGCAUCUUCUAAAUCCUCCAAUCUGCCGUGAUUGGCCAAUCCCAACCACGCAUACACGUUUUAACUUAUUCUGUAGGCUUUUUGUAGUCGUUUCUUCUUAUUUGUAGGCUAGUAUUAACUUAUUUUUGAACAGAAAUGUCAACUGCUCGGUUUGAUUCAUCUGAUCGGUCCGCCUGGUAUUUUGGACCCGUGUCACGACAAGAGGCACAGAAUAGGUUACAAGGACAGAGACAUGGCAUGUUUCUUGUUCGAGACUCGUCGACCUGCCCGGGCGACUACGUGCUGUCAGUGUCAGAAAACUCCAAAGUGUCUCACUAUAUCAUCAACUCUUUGCCCAGCAAGAGGUUCAAGAUAGGCGACCAAGAGUUUGAUCACCUGCCUGCCCUCCUGGAGUUCUACAAAAUCCACUACCUGGACACGACCACGCUGAUAGAGCCAGCCCCCAGGUACCCAAGCACAGUGAGCGCUCCCAUCCAGCCCAUGGGUGGCCCCGAUGAGAACUUGGAGUAUGUGCGGACUCUAUAUGACUUCACUGGCAGCGAUGCAGAGGACCUUCCCUUCAAAAAGGGGGAGAUCCUUAUCAUCCUGGAGAAGCCAGAGGAGCAGUGGUGGAGCGCCAAGAGUAAAGAGGGACGUGUUGGGAUGAUCCCUGUGCCCUAUGUGGAGAAAUUGGUACGACCCUCACCUCAUCCCGGCCAGCCUUCCCAUGGAUCUCGCAACUCCAACAGCUACGGCAUCCCCGAGCCCUCCCACGCCCUCGUCCACGCCUACGCUCAGCCCCAGACACCAUCGCCGCUGCCUCCUGGCACACCUGGAGCAGUUAUCACCCCUCUACCGUCCACGCAGAACGGUCCUGUCAUGGCGAAGGCCAUCCAGAAACGAGUGCCGUGCGCCUAUGACAAAACAGCUCUCGCUUUGGAGGUUGGAGACAUCGUAAAGGUCACACGGAUGAACAUCAAUGGUCAGUGGGAGGGAGAGGUGAAUGGGCGGAGGGGUCUCUUCCCAUUCACCCACGUCAGAAUCAUAGACCCCCAGAAUCCAGAUGAGAGUGACUGACCCAAGAGUUCAACUGGACCUUCUCGCCAGUAUUGACCUGUACCUGAAUCUGCUGGCUGUAUCCACCUUUAUUCCGCCAGUGUCACCACGGUUAUGUGCUUGCCUGCUUGGGGGCUGUACCAUGAUUGGGACCCCUCUGAUAUUGCCAACCGUUGCAAAGCUUUCUGACUGUUUACAGCUUUGGACACCGGAUCCAAACUAAAAACCUGACCCCAUUUCUCCCACUCCCCUCUCCUAUGACAUGGUUCCAGGCUGGGCAAUGUUUUUGCAUUAGUGUCCUUUUCAUUUCCAGAUCACUGGGCAUCAGUGUGAGUGUGUGUGCGUAUGUAUAAGUGCAUGUGCGUGUGUGUUCACAAUAGAUAUUUGCCACAUUACAUCACAACAUUUUUUUAAAAAUUUGAUUUCUCUGGAUAUUUGUUGUUUGAAGUCUUGGGGACUUUAGAAAGUGUUGGUGUGUGUUUGUUUUGUUGAUGUGAGGAUAUUUGUACGAAGUAGGGAACGGCAAUAUCCCUGCAGACUUGGGAGAGCACUGAGGUGAUGAGGAGCUAACCAGCCAGUCAAAUGUUAUUUCUCCAAACAAUCAAGUCACUGUUGUACCUUAGCCAUCUCACAAGCACACAUGUACACACACGAAUCAGCCGGGUGUUAUUCAGGCUGGCAGGUUUUUGAUGUGUAUUUGAUGUGUGACUGGAGUGAAGGGGAAAUGGGUUUGUGGAGAAUAACAUUGUAGAUCCCAUGAUCCCAUCCACUCUUCAACCUGGCACAAGUCUGGCUGACAAGACUUAUUUAUCUUUUGUUAAAAAGACAUGACACGGCCAUAUGUGAUUUAAUCUUUUUCUUAUUUGUGCCACAUGAUCAACAAUAGUUUUUUUUUUUUGGUUUGUUUUGUUGUUUUUUUUAUAUAUUUGUGACUUGGAGAAGAUGUACGGUAGAGGGGUAACUUCGCAUGUCCACUUGGUACCUCUCUUUACAGUCUUUCACAUUAUUUUCAACUAAAAGGACAUUGCUUAGAAAUUAGCAGGUUUUUAGUGCCAACAGCACUCAAGCACUAGAAAAUAUAUUUCAAGUUUCUGCAUAGGAGUGCCAAGCUUCGAACAGGUUUUCAAAAGUCAAGUAGCAAUGGCAGUAACCCUGGCCAGCACUUCCCACAAACAUCUGAUUUAAAGGCUAGCUAAAAACACAUUGUUUCAGUGUGGGCACGAGGACGGAAGGCUUUCCGCUGAGGUGAGAGACUUAACUUUCAGUGGCAUAGGUCAGGGAAGGAGGAAAUGCCUAAGCAAGCCAAUGAGAAUCCCAACGAUGCCUUUUUCAGAGAGUAAGAUAAAUGCAUCGUUUGGCGCAUGUAAUCCCCUCUCUAACUUUCUUUUUAAUGCAAUGUUACUCCUGUCAGUUUAGGACUUCAACCAGCUUUUUUCCUUAAUUAUUUUGUCUGUGCCCAAUUUUUUUGUCUCUCUUUAUGCAAACGGACUCUUGUCAGAGUAGUGGAAAGCCUCUUUGUUCAUACUGUGCUGCAACCAUUUCUGUUUGACCAGUCGGAGCUGUGGGUUAAACAGUUGUGCAAACAGGGCCGACCCCUAGAUUUCUGCUGUAAAAAUGAACCAUUUCAAUGCUCAGCCAUUCUCUCAGAUUAAUAUUGUGCAGCUUUUGGUUGUAUCCCUUUUUUUGUCAGUUUAUAGUCAGCUAUUAAAUCAAGCAUUUUUGUUUAAAAAUGAGUGAUGUUAAACAAAAAGUACCUACGGUGACAAUUACAAAAGGGAAAAAUGCCUGCUGGUUGCCUCUGUGCAUGACCUCUUGGCCGGUUAGACGUUUCGACCCGGCCAAAUGCUGCUUAAUGUCAUUUAUUUCCUUAUUAAAUAAAAGGUUUCUCUUAUUUUAAUCCCCCCCUGGUGUGUGUGAGCAAACCAGUGUGGGUUUUCCUCAUCAAACUUAAUGAAAUCUACUAAUUAAGCAAUACACCCUGAUUAUUUCCUUUCUUGAGGUGAACUUGCUUUUCUCAUGCUUCUGAGUUUUGUAAUGGCAUUAACAGUAUUACUGUGCUUCUCAUAUUCUAGGAAAGCCCUUCUUUUACUUCAGAAUUGAAAAUCGUGCCUUUUAUUUUCUUAUACCAUUUACAUGUGUUAAUAUUUACCAUGGUUAACACCUGUGCUGGUAUUGACCCUUUAUGUACAGAACAAGUAAAUAAAAUUUACGUCUACUUCUUUAA